UUUUUAGAUGACUCCAGUCAAACUGAGAUGCUACUCAUGUGCUUUUUGACUUUAACAAGUAAUGUGUUAUCAAAACAUAUUACCUAUAAAUUACCCUUUAUCCUUCCACAUCUUAAUCUUUUCAGGUAAUGUAUUUUUUCUCUCUCUUUUUUACAUAACAGGGCAUAAUUCCUAUUAUGUUAUGUUGUUAUUAAAAAUGUAAAUAACAUAUUUUCUUCUGUCCCAGUUUAAUGUGCAGAGGCAAUUACAAGUAAAUCAUUCAUUAAAUUACUUCCAAAAUUACAACAGUUCAGUAAAGUAGCUGCUGUCCAAAAUACAUUGCUGAAUUGUUUGUUGAAAAUCGAAUGCAAUUGUGAAAUUUGUGUCAAUGCCCAGCCCUAGUGUCAAUAGUGUUUUUUUUUGUUGUUGUUUUUUUUACUUGAAGCAAAUGUUGUUUUUUCCCAUUUAUUUUCUUGUCAGAGUUCACCAGAAUGCUUUGUUUACAUGUUAAAAUCACAAAAAUUUUCUUAUGGGGGAGGAUGCCCCCAGACCCCCCUAUAACAAUUUACUUCAUACAAUUUACUGUCCCCUUUUUCACCUCUUUUGAGUUUGCAGGUAUGAACAAGUUUCCAUUUGUUAACAUUACUUCGUAACUACAUUAGUUACACAGGUAAUUUUUCAUUUACAUUUUUUUUUAUCAUAUGAUAUGCAAAUAAGAACACCAUGAUGUUCUCACACACUAAAGUUUUAUAAGAAAGGAGAUAUCAGUGGACAUGUACUAAGAGACCAAAGUUUCACAUGAUUGUUCUAUAAUUUUCAGAUUGCUUGCCUAUCAUAAACUUUCCCAAUAUGCCCUGUCGUGACUUUAUGAUGUGGUCUUUCACCCAAUGAAAUAGCUGCAAUUUUUGUCAAUCCAUAAUCUUUUAUUAUUUAAAUGACUUACAAACCUACAUGUGAAGCUCAUAAACUUGUUAUGUAAUACUUGCUAAGUGGCACACAGCAUCUGGAAUGAUUUUGGCUCCAACCAAUGGGCUUUUUUUAAACACACUCUGCCCUUCUCAUUAUCUAAACUAUACUGAAAGGAAAAAGACCACCUCAGUACACAACACAUAAAUAGCUCCACUUUAAUAUCUGUUGUUUUUUCGUAGAACUUCACAAUCUGAAUGCACAAUAAAACAUAAAUCAUAUGCUUGAAAUUAUCACUAGUUUAUUCAGACAUGAGGAGUCAGUGUGUUUUUUUACUCAUGAGAAAACAACUAUUUUAUGAGAUAACGAUUUUGUACGAAUUCAAGCAAUGCGAUUCGUAUGGAAAUAUACGAUUUUUAGGGGAGGAAAAAGCAUGAAGGUUCCACCCCUAAUCCUAACCAUCAAUGGGGCACUGAACAAAAAGUGUGUGGGCUUAAUUAAACUCCCCAGUUAGAGUGAGGAAAUCUGACACAAAUUAAAACAGGACUGAAUGUACUCUACAUACCAGACACUUUCUGUCAUCCUGUCUGAUUACCUUAAUUAUGGCCUUAAAUUGUACUGACCAUAAAUAUACAUAAAUAUAUAUUCUCAUAAAAAAUACUAAGCCAAAAGAAAAUGUAAAAAAUGUUUUUGAUGAUUCACACAAACCUUGUGUUUCUGGCUGAGAGUUUACUAGUAAAAGCCAAGAGUUUCGUUUUGUCAAUAAACAUUAAUUUAACAACAUAUUGUCACAAUUGUGUGUUUUACUUUCAAUUUCAUGGACUUUUGGUUUGUUUCUCUUUGUUACUAGUUUCCUUUGUUCCCGCUUUCCAUUAGUUAUCAUGAAUAUUCAUUAUGUUACUAAUUAAAGCACACCUGUUUGCAUUUGAGAUCGUCAUUUGUGUAUUUUAUUCCUUCAUUUUCCUGUAUUGUUUGUGCAUGGCACGCUGUUUUGUUUGUUUCCUCUUAUCGGAUUACCAGUUACUUUGUUUAAUAAACAACGCUUCUAUUUUUGAAUUACUUCGCCUAUCUUCUUCCUCCCUGGAUUGUGUGACACAUAUGAUGUAACGUAAAACCAUAAUGUACAUAAGUGAUUAAAAUUAAAAACCAUCAAAUGUAAGCUGUCACAGAGAAUUUGGGAUUAGUUUACGGCUUUUUACUGUAAAUUUUAAGACGUUUUGAUUUUUUUAUUUCUAAAAACAGUACAUUUAAUAGUAUUUUACUUUAAAAUUUACACAUGUCAGGUUAGAUUUAUUACAGUUUUCCCCUAUAUAUACUUAGGGAACCUAACAGAUUUUUACUGUAGCAUUUUUAGUCUUUUACAGUUAAAAUUACGACAGUUAGGCCUUGUUUAUUAAACAAAAGGAGAACGAAUUUCAGUGUAAAUCGUACAAAUACAUUCUUUAAAAAUAAGUCAAUUGUACAUUCAAUGGAUUUAUGAAAGAUGUACACAAAUUCAUUCUGCUGCUAUGUGUGUGUAGGUGUGUCGUAAAUAUAGUUACCUGACAGCGCCCUCUGCUGGUAACCUAUGAUAUUGUUAACGCUUCAUUAACUCACCUGUCCUAUGAAUGCAUAAUGAGAUAUGGUCAUACACAUAAGUUCAUUUUGUUACUCACAACAAUAGUUUAAAGGAAAAAAAAAAGAUUUAUGCUAUUUUUGUUUCUUAGUAACCGUGUCUAGAUUUCUCUCGCGCUUUCUUUUACGUUCACUGUUGUCUCUUUCUUCCAAUUUUUCUCUCUCUCACUCUCAAAGAGAAAAGAGAAAGAGUCCGUAAAGUGUGGCAGUGACACAGGAUUGAUUUUUCUUUUGUUUGUCUCUUUUUGCUGCUUAUCUGGAAUAUUGUGCCAUUUAAAGUUUUGGUUUAUAGGCCUUUGUUUCUUUUCCUCAGUAUUUCUCCCGCUUUCUGUCUCUCUGCUGCUGCUGCUGGUUUGUUUACAUCAGUUCAGUAUCUCUGGCGCAAGGGCUUCUGGGCCAUGUGUCUGCCAUAGUCGCGGUGCAUUGUGGGGAGGUUGUGGUCCUCCAGCGGCUCGGUUCGGAAUAAUGUCUGCCUCGGAGGCAGCGGACGGUUCUUCCACGGGAUUAUGCCCGAGCUUCGCCGUGAUCUGCUCGUUUCUGGAGCGGUAUGGAGCUCUGCUGGACCUGCCGGAGGUGUCGUUCCCGAUGCUGGAGCGCAGUCUGCAGGAGAGCAGCGCGGUACCCAAACUUCUCGUGGACCUUCACGUGAAGUUGCUGAGGAAAAUUGGCAAGUCUGUGUCUGCAGACAGAUGGGAGAAGAAUCUCAUUAAGAUCUGUCAGGAGUUUAACUCCACAUGGGCAUGGGAGCUGGAAAAGAAGGGUUAUCGAGAGAUGACAGUGGAGUGUAAGACAGGAAUACUGAAGUAUUUAUGUGAAAGCCAGUUUGAUGACAAUGUCAAGUUUAAGACCGCUAUCAAUGAAGAGGACCCAGAUAAAAUGCGUCUUCAGCCCAUCGGCAGAGACAAAGAUGGCCUCAUGUACUGGUUCCAGCUAGACCAAGACCAUAAUGUGAGGGUCUAUGUGGAAGAACAGGAUGAUCUGGAUGGGUCAUCCUGGAAGUGUAUAGUAAGAGAUAGAAACGACCUGGCUCAGAUCCUUGGUCUGUUGAAGACUCAGAUUGAUCCAGCGCUCCUAGUAAAGAAGGAUCAGGAGGAGGGCUCGUCUAGUAACAGUCCGAACCCAGACGAUGAGGAGAACAAGAAGAAAGCGGGAGCUGAAGUGGAGGUCAGAGAUGAAAAAUCGCAAGAUGAUUUAUCCACAUCUGAAAGUAAGGAAAACAUCUUGGAGCAAGAAAAUACAAAGCAAGAAGAUUCAGAGGCCACAGAUGCUUUGUCGGAAAAGGGCUUGAAGGUGAAGGAAGAGUUGCAGAAACAUUCGGAGACGUCAAAUUGCACUGGCGUUAUUGCUGGAUCUAUCAAAGAAGAGCCACAGGAUGAGGAGGAGAAAGUCAAGGACUUGUCAACACCUUCACAGACUGCAGAACAGAUGGAGGACGUGAAGAGAAAAACCUUAGAAGAGACUCAAAGAACUUUGAAAAAUGACCAUCAAGCUAAAAUCCCUCUGAAAAAGCGAGAGAUGAAACUAACCGAAGACUUUGAUGGCAACAGUGCAGGAGUACGAAAUGCAUCUGUCGCUCCGGUGAAAGAAUCACGGACAUGUUUCGAUGACAACAGAUUGAGUGCUGAAAAGAUCAACGGCCACGUCCCUCACAUUAAACCAUCUGAGAGUGAAACACAAAAAGGUUCAGAGAGUUUUCAAAAAGAAACGACAGAGAAUGAUUCAGAAAAUCUCCCUCGUGUCUCAGAUGAAUCCAAUGAGAGAAAAAAGGAGACCAAGGAUGACCAGACAGAAGAUAAGACGGGCACCAAUGAAACCAGAUUGUGUGCUGAAGAGCAGAUGGAAGUGGAGAAGCCUGGGGAAUCCUGUGCAGCCACUGCAGAUGAGAACAAAGCAAAAUCUGAAGCUCCUCAACCUCACAAAAAGAUCUCUGGGGAAGAAAAACUCUCAACAGUAAGUGAGCAGUCAAAAAAGAAACCUGGUUCUGAAAAAGUAACCGAAAAUAAAAAAUCUCCCGCUUGUGAAAAUAUGGAAACUACAGAAGCAAAUACAUCAACACUGCCUGAAGAGUCAACAAAAGAUCUCUCAAAAGAAGAAUCAAUGCAAGAUCUCUCAAAAAAGGAAGCAAAGAAAGAUCACUUACAAGAAGCAAAGAAAGGUCUGUCAAAACAACAAACAGUAAAAGAUCUCCCAAACAAAGAAUCAUCAAAAGAUCUCGCAAGAGAAGAGUCAAUGGAAAAUCUCCCAAAAGAUCUGCCGAAAGAACAGUCAAUGAAAGAUCUCUCAAAAGAAGGGUCAUCAAAAAAAGAGACAAUAAAGAAUCUCCCAAAUGAAGAAUCAAAAAAAGAAGAAGAGUCACAGAAAGUUCUCACAGAAGAAAGUCAAAAAUCUCCCAAAGACUCGGACAACUCCAAUAAAGCCCUGGAAAAACAAGAUCCAACUGCUUCCAUGGCGAUUGAAACAGAACCAUUCCAGUCAUCUAAAAUGGAGGAGUCCUCUUCCCAUGAAGUAAUCAAACCACAUUCUGGCACAAAAAAGCCACAGAACACUGAAGAAACGAAAACUCAUCACAGUUCUGCAGACACCACCACAGAAAAAGAGUCAGCUGCCCCUGUCUCAAAAACUGAAAAACAGUAUAUGUCUGAAGCAGACAAACUCUCAACCAAGGGAGAAAGCCAGUCCAUUGCCUCUAAACCUUCUGAAGAUACAGGUGGCCCUCAAGACAAAGCACAAGAGCAGUCUGCCUCCAAGUCGGCAUCAAGGGAUCCUGAAAAAUCAUCUGUUUCUGAUUCAACGAGGAAGCCAAGUACACCAAAAACCACAGAGAAAGUAGAUGGUGAGGAAAAAUGUGACACAGCUGAAACAGAUAAAAAUGAGAAUUCAGAAGCGACAAAAGAAAAAGAUGCAAAGGGUGAACAUGCAAAUAGCUCUGAAGAAUCUGCAGCGAAAAAAUUGGUCAAAGAAGUUAAAACUUCAGAAGAACCCAAUGAACCCAACAGUUCUGAGAAACCUCCUUCUGAAAGAGAACAUGAAAAGGAACCAGAUUCAGAGAAGGGGAACAAAGAGAAGCAAAUGGAAGUUGAUUCAGAGAUCACUAAAUCUGAUGAAGUACAAUUGGCUGUUAAGGAGGUAUGUGAGACUUCAAGAGCAAGGAAGAAGAAAACUGAUGUUCCUGUGGAUCAAAGCACCACCUCAAGCAAACAAUCUGAGCAAGAAGCAACUUCUGAACAAAGUGAGGCUUCCGGUGAUGUUCACGAAAAGAGCAACACAGCUCUAAGAAGCAGUAAAAGAGCAGGACGGCCUCCAAAGAAAUCUCAGGAGAGUCAGGAUGAGGAUAAAACAGGAGAAGAACAAGAAGAAAAGACCGACUUGCAACAGGAAGCAAUUCGUAUGAAGAUUAAAAUCCCAGCUCACAGACGGAAGGCUGAACUCCAGAAAGAAGAGGUCAAGGGAGAUUCAGAGUCUGAGACGACUGAGGGCAGAUGCUUGCGGAGAUCUCCGAGAAUCUGCAGGCCCACCGCUAAAGCUGUGGAGAUCCAGGAUAGGAGGGCGGAACGGAAGCAGGCGCCUCCAGUGUCGGAGAAAGAAAAGGAUGAGAAAGAAAAGGAUGACAACGAAGAAAAAGAGGAUGAGGAAUCGGUUCAGAGGAAACCGAAGAAAGCUGAGCCAGAUGGCCAAACGAAACCAAAGGUGGGGAGGCGUCGAAAACGACAACCAUGGUCUCGAAUGAGACGUAAAAAGAAAUGUUCUGAAGAUGAUGAGGAGGAGGAGGAGGAGAGCGAGAGUGAGGAAGAGGAGACGGAGGAGGAUGACAGCGAUGAAGACUACAAGGUGGAGAAGACCAGAAAGAGAAGGAGAAACCGAAAACGAGAGCGGAACAGCUCGGACUCCUCUACCUCUUCAUCAGAAGAUGAUCAACCCAAUGAUGACCCCUGCAAACACUGUGGCCUUCCCAAUCAUCCCGAGCUGAUACUCCUGUGUGAUUCCUGUGACAGCGGCUACCACACUGCCUGUCUGCGGCCUCCGCUCAUGAUCAUUCCAGAUGGGGAAUGGUUCUGUCCUCCCUGCCAGCAUAAACAACUUUGUGACAGGCUUGAAGAGCAGUUGCUGAAUUUGGAUGCCGCCCUCAAAAAGAAAGAACGUGCAGAACGAAGGAAAGAGCGACUGGUAUAUGUUGGGAUCAGCGUGGAGAACAUCAUCACACCCUCUGUGGAAGUGGAAGAAGAAAAGGAAGAGGAGGUGGUGAAUGAGAAGGAGACGAAGAAGAGCAAAAGUUGGGGGCGUAGAUCAACCAGGGCAAAGAAAUACAUAAGCUACAGAUUUGAUGAGUUUGAUGAAGCGAUUGAAGAGGCAAUCGAGGAAGACAUCAAAGAGGCAGAGGGGGGAGGAGCAGGCCGGGGGAAGGACAUGGCGAACAUCACAGGCCACAGAGGGAAGGACAUAUCCACCAUUCUACAAGAGGACGGGAAGGAGAACGGCCGACCGCGGAGACCAAGUGCAGCUCAGAAGAAAAAGAGGCGGCGUCUCAACGAUCUGGACAGCGACAGCACUGUGGAUGAGGAAGAGAGCGAAGACGAGUUUCGUCUUAGCGACAGCAGUUCAGAAGAGGAGGAGUUUGUGGCUUCUGAUAACGAGGCAGAGAGUGAAGCAGAAGCCCCGUCCUUGGAUGACAGUGACUUCGGGAGCGAUGCAGAAGGCCCGCAGAUAAAAACUUCAAACAGACGGGCAGCAAGCCGGUGUCGAAACAGAAGACAGCCGCCACGCAGGAGACGCAGACCCAGAGGAUACUCUGACGAAGAGGAGCUGGAAACUGAUGAAGAGGAGGAAGAGGACGAGAUGGUGACGGAAGGCUCUAGUGAAUUCAGUGACAGCGAUCUGGACAUUCGCUAUCGGCGGUCCUAUCGGAGCCGUAAGCAACAGGUGAAUUACUGUGAAAGUUCAGAUACUGAUGGCUCACAGGCCAGCACCAACAGAGACAAAAAGAAACGCAGACGUCUUUCCAGCUCUGACAGCGAAGUUAGUUUCCAGUCAGCUGAAUCUGAUGAAGAAGACAGGAAGCCCAAGAAGAUAAGGGUGGACUCGUCUGAGGAAGAAUCCAGGAAACGGCGCAGACGCCUGUCCCUAAAACGGCGGAGGGAGUCAGAGGAUGACGACGAAGAUGGCGACGAUUCAGACGAAUCUGAGGAAGAGGAACGGCCCGUCCGGAAGCGUGUGAACCGCAUCGACUCUGACGACAGCGAAGGUGAAGAAGAAGAGGAGGAGGUGAAGAAGAGCCCGCUGGAGAAAGAGACAGAGGAGACCGUUGGCAAAGGGCCCAGUCCACUAGACUACAACUUGGUGGAGCUUCCUCCCACUAAUGGACAAAGCCCAAUGAAGGGUUUAGAGGGCCUCAUGCCACGACCUGGGGUGGGAGUGACGCCUAAAAAUGGCAAUGCCCCAUCGGCUGUGACCAUAGCGCCGAAUGGCCUGGAGAUUCCCGCACAGGACGAAGAUGAAGACGACCUUUUGGGUGUCACAGACCUCGUAGACUAUGUCUGCAACAGUGAACAGUUAUAACUCUGUAUUCUUUUUCUUCUUUUUUUUUUUUUUUUUUACAUUUUUCUCUUUUUUUUCCCGACCCUCAUCCUGUUUUCAGCACCGUCAGCACGGAUUAUGUCAACAGUCCCUGUUAAAUGUGCCAGCGGAACAGAUCAGGGACAACUCGGCCUCGGUGGCACAUUAAUAAUAGCUGUAAAUAUUUUACUGAGCAGAAGUAUCAAGGGAAGGAAAACGCAAUCCUUCCGAGAGACUCCCCGAGAUAUUCCUUCUAAAGUAUUGUUUUUUUGUUCUAUAAGAGUGAUCGCUCUCAAGCAAACCCUCUCUGGAAACAACCUCUAAAACCUCUUUUUACACUAAUCACACAGCCAUGCUCACGCUCACACGUCUGACGUAGAGACAUUUGUCGAGUUUACGUGCGUUUUGAUCUCCACUGCUGUCAGUUGCACAUUUCAGAGAGAACCGGAAGUGGGUGGAGUCAGUACAAAGGGGGAGGGGCCAGAGACAAACCACAUUUCAGUGAAAUUCCACACGCAUUCGGUUCCACUCAGAGGCCAUUUUUACACGUUCAUCUUUUAUAAUCUUAAUUGGAGUGGAAGUUGAAUUUCUACCGAUUGGUUUCAUAGUGUCAUUUGGUGGGGAAAUGUUUUUAUUAAGUGAUGUCAUUAUAAGCUUUGUUUUGUUAUACUAUUUAUUACAGAAAUUGUAAUUUGUACCUGAAAUUAUCGCUUGGUUGUAGAGCUGCUCGCACCAUUAGAGCAAAAGAUUCCUGGAAGUUUCUAAGAAAUGUCUAUUAGUGAAAAAUUGCUCAAUUUCUUAUGCCAGCAUACUAAAAAUGCAUCAAAUCCUGUUGCUUUGGACUGUUUUAGCACCAUGCUUUAAUUGGAAGUCAAACACUAUUUACUCUGGCAGCUUUUCAAUGCGUCAAAUGCCAAAUCUUCCACUUGAGGAUGAUAAAAUGCUGAGGACUCUCACCCACACCAAUGUGCACCGAUGUGUUUCUCUGAGUGAUUCCUUGAAGUUUAGUGCUGUUCAUCUCAUUUUAGAGCAGAUAUUCCAUCAUCCCCUGCUUAUGUCUGUGUUUCGGUGCACAAUGUUAAUUUUCUUUAUCUAAAUAUAUGAGUAUAAUCAUUGUAAUGUUUUCCUUUUUUUUUUUUUUUUUUUUUUUUAUACAUUCUAAUGAUGUAUGACAUUAAUGUUUUUUGUUUGUCAUCAAUUACAAAGCAAUACAUUUUUCUUACAAGACAUACAGGAAGAGAUUCAUCAUCUCUUUGUUUCGUCUAUUUUUACAAGACCGAAAUUCAUGUCGCCGGUGACAUUAAAAUGAUUUCCGACCCUUCCGAGAGCAGCGUGAUGUGAGACGCCCCUCUGAGAUGUAUGAACACGUCUGAGAAACAUGGUAUAGUCUUGCAUUAUCCUGGUGUGUAUAUCUGUAGUUUUUGCUGUAACAUAUUAGAAGCAUUUUUAAAUCAUUUAAAGUAUACAUAGCAGUCCUUUUAUGAUUGCAGCUGUUUAUAAUUUGUUUUGUAGGUACAUUUGUACCACUCCAAAGUGGGUGUGUCUGUCUCAUUUUCAUCAGUGCAUUUUUUUUGUCUUUCUUUGAGGGUUUUCAGUCUCGCUGUCCCAUUUCCACUGAUUGCUAAAACAUUUACAAGAAUGAUCUGUUCUCAGAGGGAAAAGCAUUCAAUAUAAAGCCCAACAGACAGUUUAAUUGUUUUGAUGUCAGCAUUGAUAGACAAAAGCGGUGUAAAAAUGUCUUGUACAUUAAUGUUUAUGCUUGGCAUGCACAUAUCUUCUAGUCUGAUUUAUUUGCUCUUGCAGCAUUAGGGCAUCAGAUUUUAAGAAUAAAACUUCCCUGGUUUUUUACAAAUAUAGUUUUAGACAUGCUGAGAUAAAGAGCGUCAUUAGGUACUAGACCACAGUGCAUUUUCCCCCGAGCUGGUCUAUUUACAGUAUUGGGCCAGUGUUCAUUUCUUGUGUAAUUUAAAAAUCAAAGGUACAGACAUCGAUUUAAAAUUAAGGCCCAGCCUAUAAUGACACAGUAUAUAUUUGUAUUUCACAUUAAAAAAAAUCUGAUAUUAUGUAAUGAAAGAUGCCGACACCAGUGUUUGAAGAUAUUUGGAUGAUGUAGUUUGACAGCAGAUGGACAGAUGCCGUCUGGUUUUAGCUUUUAGAAACGUCCUUUGUGUUCGUCUGUUCUUCUUUUGGAUAUUUUUGUUAACUGUAUUGUAAUUUCUUUCAUAUGAUUUACUAUCUUGUACAUUUGUCAUAAUAAAAAUGAAAUGAAACCUG